AUGCUCUUGAGUUUGUUCCAGAUUCUUGAAUCUGCAGCUGUUAGUCAACAGAGGAAGGAAACUGAACCAAAGCAAACCUUGGGGCGGCGACAAGGCCACUCCUCAGAGUGUGCCCGUGCCCAGUCUCCACACAGCUCCGCUCCUACAGCGGCCGUGCUAACACGACGAAGAACCCCCAAGGCCAAGGUAGGCAGCCGGGUGGGUGCGAGGGAAGAAGGGGGCGGGGGUCCCUGCCAGCACGCGGCAGCUCGCGGGAAAAGAGUGGGGCCCAGCGGACCACCAGAAGCCAGGGCCCCGGGUGAGCGCGCGCACCUGCAGCCCGUGCCCUCCUCACCUGAGCCCGCGCCCGCCUCACCUGCAGCCCGCGCCCGCCUCACCUGCGCCCGGCUCAGCUGCGCUCGCGGCCAGGGAGCAGUGCCCAGCGGCCCCGUUACCAGGCAACGGGUUGCCCGGGCGCCUCACCUGCGCCCGCCCUCACCUGCGCCCGCCCUCACCUGCGCCCGGCGCCCGCCUCACCUGUACCCGCCCUCACCUGAACCCGCCCGCCUCACCUGUGCCCGCCCUCACCUGAACCCGCCCGCCUCACCUGCGCCCGCCCGCCUCACCUCCCGCCCGCCUCCCCUGUACCCGCCCUCACCUGCAGCCCGCCCGCCUCACCUGUGCCCGCCCUCACCUGCGCCCGCCCGCCUCACCUGCGCCCGCCUCACCUGCGCCCGGCUCAGCUGCGCCCGGCUCACCUGCGCCCGCGCCCGCCUCACCUGUACCCGCCCUCCCCUGCGCCCGCGCCCGCCUCACCUGCGCCGGGCUCAGCUGCGCUCGCGGCCAGGGGGCGGCGCCCAGCGGCCCCGUUACCAGGCAACGGGCUGCCCGGGCGCGAAGCCGCUGAGCGGGAUGCCCCCAAACGCCCGGGGUUCCCGGGUCCACCUGGAGCGCACCCCGGCCAGCCGCUGCGGGCGCGCCGCUCUGGCGUGGCGGCCGCCUCUCCGCCGCUGCGUGGCCCGAGCGCGCCCUCCAGUGGCCACUGGCGGCCAGGCGGGACCCAGAGCGCAGGACGCUUCCCUUACAGAAAGGCAUCCUGAGGAAGGGGACGACGUGGACUCCGUUCUCCAGUCAGCGGCUAAGAUCCUCAAGUCCUCCGAGGGAGGAAAGGAAGGUGGCGGCAGCGACGCAGAAUAUGGCUGCAUAUCAGAGUCAGAAAAUCAAAUCCAACCACAAUCAGCAUUGAAAGUCCUUCAGCAUCAGUUGGAGUCAUUUCAGGCUCUGCGAAUGCAAACUUUGCAGAAUGUCAGCAUGGUACAAUCUGAAAUCAGCGAAAUAUUGAACAAAAGUAUCAUUGAAGUAGAAAACCCACAGUUUGGCUCAGAAAAAAAUCUAGCAUUCAGCACACACAAUGAAAAGGAUUUGCCUAAAGAGAAGCAAGAAGUCACUUCUGUGGAGAAAAUCCAUCAUUUUGAGGAUUUCAGAACUCUUCAUUCAAAGGAAGAAAAAUUCAGCAGCGACAGUGUUAAUAGUCUCUCUCAAAGUAUAAAUGUCCCAACCCAGAUACAUCCCAAGGAUAUAUUAACUCUGAGAACUUCAAAAGAUAAUUCAGCUUCAAACAUAAUUAUGAAUCCUUCAGAAAAUUCUGACAUGUUGAAAAAUCAUAACAACUUUUAUAGCUUUCUAUCUUCUGUGCCUCAACAUGUGACAGCUCAAGCUAACCCAGGAAUUCUGGAUAAAUCCACAAUUACUGUGCCUUUUCUCAACCAUGGAUUUUGUGCAAAUUUAGAUGAUAUUUGCCACUCUAUCAAACAAAUGAAGGAAGAACUUCAAAAGUCACAUGAUAGGGAACUAGCACUUACAAAUGAACUUCAAAUUUUAAAAACUGAUACAAAUAUUCAAUGUAGUGGUAAAUAUGACCUAUCCCCCAUACAUAAGGAAAGAACUAACUUUAUUAAGGAAGAAAACAUGGAAGGCAAUUUAAAUGAAGAUAUAAAAUCAAAGAGAAUUUCAGAAUUAGAAGCAGUAGUCAACAGAUUACUCCCAUUUAGGGAAACAGUGUCAAAACUCCACUUGAAUUUUUGUAGGAAAUGCAAAAAAUUAUCUAAAAGUGAAAUACACAGAGGAAAGAAGAGUGAGAAGAACAAUAAAGAAAUUCCCAUUACUGCCAAGAAUAUUACAGAUUUAAAAUUCCAUUCCAGAGUUCCUAGACAUACACUGUCUUUCCUUGACCAAAUGAAACAUGAAAUGAAAGACAAACAGAGGCAACCAUUUGUAGUACAACAAGGAUCAAUAAUAUUUGAAAAUGAGAAGCCAUCCAAAAUCAAUUCUGUUACUGACCAAUGUGUUGCAAAAAUUCAAUACUUACAGAAUUACCUAAAAGAAUCUAUGCAGAUACAGAAAAAAGUAACUGAACUGGAGAAUGAAAAUCUAACCCUUAAGACCAAAAUUAAACCUCUAGUCAUUACCAUGCAAUCUCUGAUACAGAAAGUUGAAACUUAUGAAAAUCAAAUUAAGAAUUUAGUUGAAGAAAACAGUACCAUUCAGUCCAAGUUAAUUAAAGCAGAAGAUGAUAACAAAGAAUGUCUUAAAGAAUUUAAAAAAAUAAUUAGUAGUUAUAAUGUUCUUCAAGGCCAAAAUAAAACUCUAGAGGAAAAAAAUAGUCAACUUUCUAUAGAGAAGCAACAAAUGAUGGACGCAUUGGAUCAACUAAAAAGUAAGGAUCAUAAAACUCAAAAUGAUAUGGCCAUUGUCAAUAAUGAAAAUAAUCGAAUGAAUAUAGAAAUGGAAGCAAUGAAAACAAAUAUUCUAUUGAAACAAGAGGAAAAAGAAAUGUUAGAGAAGAAAACAUUCCAGCUUCUAAAGGAAAAAAGCUCACUUGAAAAUGAAAUGAAAGAAAAUAAACUAGAGAUCAUGCAGCUAAGAGAGAAAGAAAGAUUGGCAAAAACUGAACAAGAGACACUUUUACAAAUAAUAGAAACAGUGAAAAAUGAAAAACUAGAUCUUGAAACAACACUACAAGAAUCUACUGCUGCUAGAAAAAUGAUGGAAAGAGAAAUUGAGAAUAUUCAGGCUUACCAAUCUACUGCAGAAGAGAAUUUUCUGAAAGAAAUUAAAAAUGCAAAAUCAGAAGCAAGUAUAUAUAAGAAUAGCUUAUCAGAAAUUGGCAAGGAAUGUGAAAUGUUAUCAAAAAUGGUAAUGGAAAUUAAGACAGAUAAUCAGAUUCUAAAAGAAGAACUAAAGAAACAUAGUCAAGAAAAUCUGAAAUUUGAAAACAGUAUCAGUAGGCUUACUGAAGAUAAAAUACUUUUAGAAAACUAUGUAAGAAGCAUAGAAAAUGAAAGAGACACCUUGGAAUUUGAGAAACGGAAUCUUCAGCGAGAGUAUUUAAGUUUAAGUGAUAAAAUCUGUGCCAAGCAGAAUGACCCAUCAAAAUCAGCUUACAUCUCAAGAAGGGAGAAAUUCCAUUUUGACAACUAUGAUACUUACGAAGACACUUCUAGUCCUAGAAGUAGGCCUUUACCUCCUGAUGUGAAAGGAAUUCCAAGUAAACUCUAUCAAUUGCUUCCAUCCAAGAUAUGUAAAUAA